AUGUACGAUAGAACGUUACCAGGCAGACGUGGACUUACGGCAAAUUUUGAGGAAGGAGUUAAAGGGUUUAUCACGUGGGCAUUUGCACAAGAAUGUUGUCGACGUGAAGGAGGAGUGAGAUGUCCUUGUCUUAAAUGUGAAUGUAGACGUAUAAUUAGUGACCCAGAGGAAGUAGAACGUCAUUUGAAGAGGAAGGGUUUCAUUAAAAAUUAUUGGGUUUGGACAUAUAAUGGAGAACAACUGCCGAGUAACGUACAUGUAGAGACAACUAAUACAGACGCAUCAAGCAGUCGAUCACAUAUGGAAUUUGAUGAACAAUUUAAUCUGAUCGAUGAAAUGGUUGGUAAUGCAUUUGGAGUAAAUGUGACAUAUGAUGAACCUCAGGAUUUUGAUGGUGAAGAGUUGCCGAAUGAGGAAGCACAAAGAUUUUACCAAUUGUUGAAAGAAAUGAAUACACCGUUGUUUGAGGGGUCGGCAGAUUCAAAAUUAUCAAUGUGUGUGAGAUUAUUGGCUGCAAAGUCAAAUUGGAAUGUUCCUGAUCAGUGUUUGGAAUACUUUGCAAAAAUGAUGUUGGAUGCGACUCCUACGAAAGACAACUUGCCUACAAGUUAUUAUGAUGCAAAGAGGUUGGUGUCGAAGUUGGGUUUAGAAGUACGAAAGAUUGAUUGUUGUAUAAAUGGAUGUAUGUUAUUUUAUGACAAUGAGUUUGGUAUUAAUGAUGAGGCGCUGGAGGAAUGUAAGUUCUGUAAGAGUCCGAGAUAUCAAGUUCGUAGUAAAGCGAUUAACCGUAAACAAAAACGUGUAGCAGUGAAGUCCAUGUUUUAUUUGCCGAUAAUACCAAGGUUAAAAAGAUUGUUUGCUUCAAUGCAUAGUGCAAGUCAAAUGACAUGGCAUCAUACAAACAAAACAUCUUCAGGCAUUAUGCGGCAUCCAUCUGACGGUGAGGCAUGGAAACAUUUUGAUAGGGUACAUUCUGAUUUUGCUGCAGAACCUAGAAAUGUCAGGCUCGGACUAUGCUCUGAUGGUUUUACUCCAUACGUCCAAGCAUCUGCAAUUGCAUAUUCCUGUUGGCCAGUUAUUGUAACCCCUUACAACCUCCCUCCAGAGAUGUGCAUGACAAAACCAUACAUGUUUUUGACUUGCCUCAUUCCAGGACCGUCAAGUCCUAAAUCUGGAAUCGAUGUUUAUUUGCAACCUUUAAUAGAUGAUUUGAAGAGGUUGUGGAUUGGAGAAUGGACCUAUGAUAUAUCUCGCAAACAAAACUUUACUUUGCGAGUUGCCUUGAUGUGGACUAUUAAUGACUUUCCCGCUUAUGGAAUGUUAUCUGGUUGGGGUACGCAUGGCAAAAUGGGAUGUCCACAUUGCAUGGAAUUUACAAAGGCUUUUACUUUGGAAUUUGGAGGGAAAAGUUCGUGGUUUGACUGUCACCGCAGAUUCCUACCACGAGACCAUGUAUUUAGAAGAAACAAGACUGAUUUCACAAAAGAUGUACGAGUAAAAGAUUUGCCUCCUCCGCGAUUGUCACCAGAGGAAAUAUGGAAUCGAGUUUCUGAACUGCCCAAAUUUACAGAUUACGGUGAAGCAUACAGAAUUGAAGGAUAUGGGGUCAAACACAAUUGGACAAAAAGAAGUAUAUUUUGGGACCUCCCAUAUUGGAAAGAUAAUUUAUUGCGACAUAAUCUUGAUGUUAUGCAUAUUGAAAAGAAUUUCUUCGAUAAUAUAUUUAACACAGUGAUGGAUGUUCAAGGAAAAACAAAGGAUAAUGAGAAGGCUAGAAGGGACAUGGGAAUUUUGUGUGAUAGAAAAGAGUUGGAGUUGAAGCCUCGGCCUAAUGGAAAAUUAUUAAAACCUAAGGCAUGUUACAGUCUAACUUCCCAAGAUGCUAAAGCGGUUUGUCGAUGGUUAAAUGAAUUGAGAAUGCCGGAUGGUUAUGCUUCAAAUUUAGAAAGGUGUGCUGACACAAAAACUGGGAAGUUGCAUGGAAUGAAAAGUCAUGAUUGUCAUGUUUUCAUGGAACGAUUGCUUCCAAUUGCGUUCAGUUCACUACCCAACCAUGUAUUAUAUCCGCUAACUGAAAUAAGUCAAUUUUUCAGAGAUAUUUGUGCGUCAACUUUAAGAGUCGAUAGCAUCAUUAAGUUGGACCAAAAUAUUCCAGUUAUUCUAUGCAAGUUGGAACGCGUUUUUCCACCUGGUUUUUUCGAUUCUAUGGAGCAUCUACCUGUGCAUCUUGCAUAUGAAGCCUAUCUUUGUGGCCCCGUUCAAUACAGGUGGAUGUAUCCCUUUGAAAGAUUCAUGGGUGAUUCAAAGCGAUCAGUGAAAAAUAAAGCUAAAGUUGAAGGAUCAAUAUGUGCACAUUAUUUGCAUCGGGAAACAUCACAUUUUUGCAGUCAUUAUUUCAAUCAUUUGAUGUUAACUCCAAGAAUCAUAAGGAAUGAAUUUGAUGUUAACAAAAGAAGUCAGUUUACCUUGUCAAUCUUCGGUCUUCCCGGUCGCCCCUCUGGAAAGGAGAAUGUGCAUUGGCUGACCCAAAAAGAAUUGCAAUCUGCACACGUUCAUGUUCUUAUUAACUGUAUUGAAGUUAGGCCAUAUCUUGAGGCAUUUAACGCCUCCUAUUUUCAAAGCACCAGUGAACAUGCAACUACCGGUCAAAUACAUGCAUCUUUUCCAGCAUGGUUCAGGGAUCAAUUGUCAUGCAUUGUUGCACCGACUCAAGAAAUACUUCAUUUGCGUAACUUAUCUAGAGGGCCUGUUCAAAGAGCAAUUGAAUGGCACACAUACUUUGUGAACGACUAUAAAUUUCACACCCAGACGUGGACUGAAGGGAAAAAAACCAUAAAUAGUGGUGUAUUUGUUAAAGGAGUUACAGAUGGUGGUGAAGACGACUUCUAUGGCGUUGUUACACAUAUUUACGAGUUGGCAUACAAUUACUUGGACUCGGAAAAUAGAGUUGUCUUGUUUUAUUGUGAUUGGUAUGAUCCAUCUUCCAGGGGCACAAAAAUAGAUAAGAAAUAUAACAUUGUUGAUAUUCGAAUGGACAGAAGGUACAAAGAGUAUGACCCUUUCAUAAUGUCACAUAUCGUUAAACAAGUUUAUUAUGUUCCGUACCCUUCAAUUCAGUCACGUAAACGUGGAUGGUGUGUUGUAAUCAAAACAAAACCAUUGGGUCAUAUUGAAACUGGCGAUCUAGUGGAAGAUGCUGCUUACCAAGACCAUGAAAUUUCUCAAAUUAAUCUGCUAGUUGAAGUUGAAGAAAUUACAAAUUUGUGUGAUACAUUGGUCGAGGGUCAUCAAAUUGAUGCGUCUGUUUUGUUGGUAGAUAAUAAUGUGGACGAAGAGCAUGAAGAUAUUGGAUCUGAGGACAUUAUUGGAUCAGAUGAUGAAAAUAAUACGGCCGAAGAGCAUGAAGUUUGA